GGGAAAACAUUUCCCGCCAAGUAUAUUGUUGUUGUUGUGGUGUGUGUGUGUCAGGUGUUACUGUGAGUCCUCCUCUGUUUGACCCACCAUGGAAGGCUUUGAUGACCCUGGUAUCUUCUUCUCUGAUAACUUCUCCACGGAAGAGCAGAACGAUCAGAAUCAAGUUAAUCUUCAAGCUGUGAAGAAGAAGUUUAGAGAGUUCCUGCGGGAGUUUCACGAAGGCAACUUCAACUACAAGUAUAGGGAUUCUCUGAAACGGCAGUACAACUUGCGGAAAUAUUGCCUUGAAGUCAGCCUUGAAGAUGUGGCAAGCUUUGAUGAAACCCUUGCUGAUAAACUUAAGAAAUUGCCCACAGAGCACAUCCCGCUUUUUGAGGAAGCUGCAAAAGAAGUUGCAGAUGAGGUGACAUCCCCUCGACCACUAGGAGAAGAGAAGGUGGAAGACAUUCAGAUUAUGCUCAGCUCCGGGGCCCAUCCUAUUGAUGUUCGAACUUUGCAGUCUGAUGAAGUUAGUCGACUUGUCAAAGUAGCAGGUAUUGUGGUGGCUGCCUCAGGGGUGAAGGCUAAAGCCUUAGUUCUAACAGUACAGUGCCGGUCCUGUCAAACUACCUUAACUAACAUUCCUGUUAAGCCUGGUCUUGAAGGCUAUCAGCUCCCUAGAAAAUGCAAUACGGAACAGGCUGGACGACCAAAAUGUCCUCUUGAUCCCUUCUUCCCUUUUGGGCCCGACAAGUGUGUGUGUGUUGACUACCAAGUGCUGAAGCUUCAGGAAGUUCCUGAGAAUCUGCCACAAGGAGAAAAUGCCCGUCACCUCCAGCUUUACGUUGACAGAUCACUUUGUGAACGUGUGGUGCCUGGUAAUCGUGUGACUGUCCUUGGUAUUUAUUCUAUCAAGAAAGUUGGCAAACAAAGUAAAGGGACGCGUGACAAGGUUGCAGUAGGUAUCCGUGCCCCAUACUUGAGGGUAGUGGGUAUUCAGGCUGACCAGGAAGGACGAGGAUACACAUCUGGUAUCACUAUAUCUUCUGCAGAGGAGGAAGAAUUCCGCCUGCUUUCACAGUCAAACAAUGUCUAUGAAAGGAUUUCUCGAAGCAUCGCCCCCAGUAUCUAUGGAUCUGAAGACAUAAAGAAAUCAGUAGCAUGCCUGCUGUUUGGUGGUUCUCGGAAGCGUCUUCCUGAUGGUUUGACACGAAGAGGAGACAUUAACGUUUUGCUGCUCGGUGAUCCUGGUACGGCUAAAUCUCAGUUGUUAAAGUUUGUGGAACGAGUGGCCCCUAUUGCAGUUUAUACAUCGGGAAAAGGAUCCUCUGCUGCUGGUUUAACAGCCUCAGUUACAAGGGAUCCAGUGUCGCGUAACUUUGUGAUGGAGGGUGGUGCCAUGGUGCUUGCUGAUGGUGGUGUUGUGUGCAUUGACGAGUUUGACAAGAUGCGUGAAGAUGAUCGUGUGGCAAUUCAUGAAGCGAUGGAACAGCAGACAAUCUCCAUUGCCAAGGCUGGAAUUACCACUACCUUAAACUCACGGUGUUCAGUAAUGGCUGCUGCAAACUCUGUAUUUGGGCGAUGGGAUGACACUAAGGGAGAGGAAAAUAUAGAUUUUAUGCCCACAAUCCUCUCUCGAUUUGACAUGAUAUACAUAGUUAAAGAUGAGCAUGAUGAAACCAGAGAUACAACUUUGGCCAAGCAUGUCAUGAAUGUUCACCUGAAUGCUCUGAAGACAGCUGAAGAAACUCCAGAAGGUGAACUCUCUCUCAAGUUCUUGAAAAAAUAUAUCAGCUACUGUAGAAGUCGGUGUGGUCCUAGACUUUCUGAACAGGCUGGUGAGAAGUUGAAGAAUCGCUAUAUUCUGAUGCGAAGUGGAACCCGCGAGGCUGAGAACCAGUCAGAUAAAAGACUAGCCAUUCCUAUUACUGUUAGGCAACUGGAAGCCAUUGUCCGCAUAGCAGAGUCCAUGGCCAAGAUGCGUUUAGAGCCAUUUGCCACCGAACGGGAUGUUGAUGAAGCUCUAAGACUUUUCCAAGUCUCCACUCUUGAUGCUGCUAUGUCAGGAUCUCUUACUGGCGCUGAAGGCUUCACAACUGAGGAGGACCAGGAGAUGCUAUCUCGUAUUGAAAAGCAGCUAAAGAGGAGAUUUGCAAUUGGAUCCCAAGUAUCAGAACAUGCAAUUGUCCAAGAUUUCUUGAAGCAGAAAUACCCCGAGCGUGCUGUAUACAAAGUGUUGCACUUCAUGAUUCGUCGAGGAGAGCUGCAGCACCGCCUACAGCGCAAGAUGUUGUACCGGAUAAAGUAAAUUAAUGUUGUGAUGAAAUUUCUUUAUUCUGUAAUUUUUAAAUGAAAAAUUAACUAUUUUUAUGUUAAAGAUUAUGUUUGAGAUAUCAGACUUGUGUAAAGUUUAGUGCAAAAUUGGAAGCUGCUGAUGUUUCAGUUGAUAUAGUUUGUGAUACUUGAUAUAAAAAAUAUAUGCUGUACCAGUA